AUGCAACGGUCACCACAAAAUAAGCGUUAUGAAUCAGAUCCUGAUUUAUCAAUCCUCACAUCAAGGAAACGUAAAAAUGAUCAUGAUAUCAACGAGUCUUUCAGAUUAUUUACUGAAAACGUACUAAAAAAAAUGGAAGACUUGAAAGGGGAAUUCAAUUGCAAUCUAUUACAAAUCAAUGAUACCCUAAAUAAUGUUAUCAUAAAAGAUCUAAAUAACCUAAAAGAACAGACCUUAGAACUAAAAACAGAGGUCAACAACAUUCGUAAGGAUUACAGUGACAUAAAGACCAGCUAUAUGAAGUUGGACAGGCGUCAAAAUGAAACACAUAAAGAAAUUGCCACAAUUCAGAAAGCACUACAAUUUACCUGCGAGCAACAAGAUGAAUGUACAAAAAAAUUUGAAAAAAUGUCUAAUACAAUCAAAAGUGUCGACUGCUUCGAGGAAGAGAUCAAUAAUCUAAAAUUACAAAAUCGGCAGUUAAUCUCAACAAUAAACACAAACGAACAAAGAAAUAGGCAACUAAAUAUUGAAAUUGUAGGUGUGCCUGAAUUUACCAAUGAAAAUAUAAAAGACAGUGUCAUAAAAAUUGUAAAAAGACUCGGUAUGGAUAUUCAAGCAAGUGACGUUUUGCAAGUAAAUAGAAUCACUCCAAAAAUAAAACUCCAAGGUCGAUCCAGAGUGAUUGUAGCUAAGCUCAACUCCAAGUUACUUAAAGACAACAUCAUUUCUCGUGCACGGAAGACACGAUUGACUACAAAAGAUAUCGAUUUACCAGGCGAACAGAAACAUAUUUUUAUUAAUGAACACCUCACUCCGUACAACAAACAGUUAUUAAAAAAAUCUAAAGACCUGGCCAAAGUUAAAAAAUAUCAGUUUGUGUGGAUAAAAAAUGGCAGCAUUUUCAUACGAAAGGACGAUACUGCACAUGCAAUUCAAAUUUUUACCGAAGAAGAUUUAAAAAAGAUCAGUGCAUAA